ACAUACACACCCACAUUCACAUAAAAACCAGAAGCACUCAGUGUUUUCUCAGAAGUCUCAGGCCGUGUCUCUGCCAGCAUCACAGAGCCAGUAACGUGUGCUUGAGAGGGACGUCAAAUCAGCAGCCAACAUUUGGAGCCGGGGAAACCGAAUAAGGAUGUUUGUUUCUGGUUGGCCAAUCACGCUUCUGCUGUUUUGCCUGUUUGGCUCAGUUACCUCAUCCCCUGUUUCCAUUUACACACCUGCUCCACCUCUUCCAUCACAAAUCUCACCUCCCUCACACUUUCCAACAAAUGUCCACUCUCCCCCUUCUUCUCUGAGCAUCCCACCCCCCAUCCCUCCCUUCAUCAGCAGCUUUGGAGAGUCAGCAGAAAGAGCACACUGCCCUCUGACAAUGUCACCCUCCAUUCUGGUGGUCAGGUUUGAGGAUCCAGUCACAGCUAACUGCUCUGUACCACAGAUGGGAUUCUCUCUUCUGGGUUGGGAAGUCUCGCUGGCAGUUCCUCAACCCACUAUGGAUCGUUUUCUCGUCUGGAGUGUGGACAGGAUGACCGAGUGGAGCACCAAGGCUAUGUGCUAUGCACUAUCUGAUAAGGGAGGACAGUGUCACAUUGAUCUCCCUGUAAUAGUCUACAAGCCUCCAGACAGUGUGUCCAUCAGCUUUGUUAAUCACUCUGGGCCGAUGUUUGAGGGCCAUCAGUACACUCUGCAGUGUGAAGUACAGAGCGUUGCUCCCGCUGGAUACCUCACUGCGACCUUCUACAGAGGACAGACAGCACUGGGUCAACUACGGUCCAACACCACAGAGAAUAAACCAGUGACUGAGAUGUUCACUGUGGACAUUGUCGCCAGUAAAGACGACGACGGAGUCCAGUACUGGUGUGAAGCCAUGCUUGACCUGGGACCUGAAGGACCACAGCAUCCUCCACUGGUGACGUCACAAAAACUGGAUGCCACAGUCCUCUUCGGUCCACACCUCAUUUGCCCAACAAAACUGCAGGUGAGAGAGGGAGAGAGCCUCGCCUGUGAGGUGAGAGGAAACCCUCAACCAUUAGUCACGUGGUUCAGAGAUGGGCAGGCGGUUGCCCUGCCCACUCACUCGAGCAGAAAGCAUGCUGGGAAAUACACCAUCUGGACAAAAGGGCUUGGACAGAAAAACUUUACAGUGGAGGUGGAGGUCCUUGCUGGCAGUGGAACUGCGAACAGCUGUAAUAGAUAUUUCCUUUCGGCCAUCCUGUCUAUUCAGAUGAUGAACUGGCUUUAAAACCUCCUAAAAAAAAAAAAAAAAAAAAAAAAAAAAAAAAAAAGGAACCCAGUGUGAUCUGUGAUUUGUCUUUCCAUGCUGCUUGGUUGAACUGCUCCUGCUGUGAGAAGUGUUUGGCGGGGGAGGCUUUGUCUCUCUCCUCUUGUGUCCAGAUGGAUCCAUUUUAAAAAUUCAUGUCUUUUUGUGCAUGUUUGUAUUCAACUUUUCAAAAAAAAAAAAAAAAAAAGGGGGGGGGGGACGGGACACACAAUGAAGUUCUCAGCUCGAGAACUUCUGCCCAGGUACACUUUUUUCUGUUGUAAAACUUAAGUCUUCAUGUGAUGCUUAACAGUUUACCUGUACAACAGGUAAAUUUCAAUUCUUCCAGAAAAAACAAAAACAAAUCUACAUUCUAGUCUUGUACAACUUAAUAAUCAAUAAUCAUACGGCCAUAGGUCAGUGACAGGGGUAUGCUUACCCCCUUGCCUGUUUCUUUUUAACACCUGUUUAUGAGCUGUCUGAACCUUUUUGCAAUGUAACAGUGUUUUUCCAGUGCACAGAGCUGCGCAAGUGUGGUGUCCACACUUAACAUUGCAAAGCACCAGGUCUUCCUUCACCGUAGUUACAUGUCUGCUGUUUAGCAAGUAAAUAAUAAAACAUGGACAAUACUCAAG